GUUAAAAUGUGUAAGGUAGUAAGUGUUUCUAGACGGAGUUGAAUGCCUCGUUUUGAUGAAAACAAUUGUCGGCUGUGCCGUAAAGUGUUUUGUUGCGUACGGUGUCGAAAAAAACACGAAAAAGCUGUUCACGAUGUAAAUCCCGACUGCGAAAUUUGCGUAUACGGCUGUUUAAUAUUAAAAAACAAAGACCAAAGUAUAAUUGAACAUUUAAAAUCUAAGCAUUGGCCUCUCUAUUGCAUUUAUUGCAAAGAAGUGUUUAAUUUAACAGAAGAACUUUUACAACAUAAUAUAUGCCCGGCUAGUCAAUAUUCAGAAAAUUCUCCAAAAACUCCUUUCACCAAAGCGCUAGCUGGCAUUUUGAUUUCUACUCAUGAUCAGGAUUCGCCAAUUUUCUCAGAACAACAAAGAAAAGACGAUACGAAUUACGUUUCAAAGGUAGUUACUAGUACUCCAGUGGAAAAAUGUGAAUACGCGGCUAAUAAUAAAACUUUUAAAAAAGAUACCACGCCGUGUGUGGAGAAUAAAAGUAUUAUUAAGAAGCCUGAUUCAGAAAAUCGUUCUGCACAAAUUUCGAAGAGAAGAGUUACAUUUUCCGAAACACCAAUUGAUUUGAACCAUAACACGAAAUUGCCAGCUAAUAAAAACACCCCACAAAAGAAUCUAUUGAGUAGCAGUCCUCAAGUCACUCCAUUCUACACCGCAAAAUCAGAAAUGUCGGUCAGAAAUGAGAAUAGAAUCAAGAGGGAAUUACAAUGCCUGGAAAACACGCCCGUCUUAGAAUCUGAAUAUAUGAGAAAAGUUUUUAAGAAUGAUCCUGAAGAACAAGAAAAUGGUGAAAAGGAAAACACUGGUAUCCCUACAUCUUUAACUCAUGAGGACACUGAAGUUAUGGCCAAAGCACUUAGAGGGGAUGACAAGGAAUGUAACACUCUAUGGUUAAGUGCAAUAAAUUUAUCAGAUGGUGAUUGUUCAGAUACAGAAAAUAAACCCCUAAAUAUUGUUGAUUCGCCGCCUGGAAGUACAACUAACAUCUUGCGUCCCACCCCAAUAAUAAAAAGAAGUAAUUUUCAUGUGAAAUUACAAUUUCCCGUUCACCUAUCCUCUACACCAAUUUCAUCCAAUUUGCUGAAAGAAAGCAACAUUUUGAAAGCAGAAAUUGUUGGGCAGAAUACAGAAAUAUUUGUUCAUAAUGUGGAAGGAGUCACUACUGAACACAUGCAAAACACAAAAACCUUGAUUAUGCAGAAACCAAUUCAACUGACAGCAGGCCCUAGUAAAAACGAGAAAUUAGAUUGCCAGAAAGAAUACAGUACUUCUCAAGUUCUAGAGAGGCCUGAUAACAAACUAAAAACUAAUGGAUUUUUGGAGAGCAGUUCAAUGACUGAAACCACUUUGUGGUCAUCCGUGACAAAAAUUGUUAAAAAAAUUAUGCAAGGUAUUACCUCCAAUAGCGACCCAAAUAUUUGUGAUAAACUUUCUAACAGUUUUAAGAGAAACCACUCUGAUUCAGAUGACUCCUAUGAACUUCAUCAGUACAAACGCCAAAAGCUGAUAGAUAUAAAGUGCCGAAGACCUAUUAGAGAAUUGUCAGAAUUAUAUGUACCCCAUAGAUUACCAAUUGCUGGUCCAACUACUAGUAUUGAAGUUGUCAGGUCUGUAAAUACAAUACAUCAUCAGGCAAAAGUAAAAACUUAUGUUGAUAAAUCCACACAAACUGAUGACUAUUUGCUAUUUGACUAAGAGUGUGAAUGUUGUUCCUUUAUGUAAUUUUAUCAAAUCAUUUUGUCAAUAAAUUUGCUACU